AUGGGGUCUCAUUGUAACAGUUCCUCAGUCUCUGUUGCUGCUCACACUUUUGCUGCAGAAAUUCCUGACUUCCUGACAGAGGAGGAGUGCAAGGUCAUCGUCCAUCUGGCACAGCUGAAGGGGCUGCAGAAGAGCCAGAUCCUACCAACAGAUGACUAUGAGGAAGCCAUGGAAAUGAUAGAAAUCAGCCAGAUGGACAUUUUCAAUCUCCUGGACCACAAUCAGGAUGGGCAGCUGCAGCUCAAAGAGGUGUUGACCCACACCCGGCUUGGGAACGGCAGGUGGAUGACCCCCGAAAACAUCCGGGAGAUGUACACUGCAGUCAAGGCUGAUCCUGAUGGGAAUGGUGUGCUGAGCUUGGAGGAGUUCAAACAAUUGAAUAUCCGUGAUUUCCACAAGUACAUGGGAAGCCAGAAAGUGAAGAUGAGUGAUUUGGUGCGCAACAGCCAGCACACCUGGCUGUACCAGGGCGAGGGGGCACACCAGGUCAUGAGAGCCAUACGGCAAAGGGUAAUGCGCCUGACUCGCUUGCCCCCCGAGAUUGUGGAGCACAGCGAGCCCCUCCAGGUUGUGCGGUACGACCAAGGAGGGCACUACCAUGCCCACAUGGACAGUGGCCCCGUCUUCCCCGAGACUGCCUGCAGCCACACCAAGCUGGUCGCCAAUGAAAGCGCUCCCUUUGAGACCUCGUGCCGGUAUGUGACAGUGCUGUUCUACCUGAACAACGUGACUGGGGGAGGCGAAACAGUCUUUCCUAUAGCUGAUAACAGGACGUACGAAGAGAUGUCUUUGAUCCAGAACGACGUUGACCUGCGAGAUACUCGGAAAAACUGCGACAAGGGCAAUUUGCGAGUGAAACCUCAGCAAGGCACUGCUGUCUUCUGGUACAACUACCUGUCAGAUGGAGAAGGCUGGGUGGGGGAGCUGGACGACUUUGCCCUGCACGGGGGCUGCCUGGUCACCCAAGGCACCAAGUGGAUCGCCAACAACUGGAUCAACGUGG